GCUAUAUCAUGGACCACCUCAGCGCACCACUCUGGCCUGGAGUUAGCUCCCUCUGUCUACUGCUAGCUGGGGUCGCCUGGGCUUCUCCCACCAUAACUCCGGACCCCAGGUUUGAAAGCAAAGUGGCUCUGCUGGCGGCCCGCGGUCCCAAAGACUUUCUGUGCUUCUCUGAACGAUUGGAAGACUUAGUGUGUUUUUGGGAGGAAGCGGCAAGCGUAGGGGUCGGCCCGCAGAACUACAGCUUCUCUUACCAACACGAGGGUGAGCCACGGAAGCCCUGUCCCUUGCACCAGGCGCCCACGUCUCGCGGCCUGGUGCGUUUUUGGUGCUCGCUGCCUACGGCCGACACGUCGAGCUUCGUUCCCUUAGAGUUACGAGUCACAGCGGACUCCUCGGGCGCUCUACUCUAUAGAAGAAUAAUCCACGUGAACGAAGUGGUGCUCUUGGAUCCCCCCGCUGGACUGGUAGCGCGACAGGCCAACGACAGUGGCCACGUGGUACUGCGCUGGCUUCCUCCUCCAGGGGCACCCAUGACGAGCCUUAUCCGUUAUGAGGUGAACAUCUCUGCAGGCAGCUCUACAGGAGGAACUCAGAGGGUGGAGAUCUCGGAUGGGCGCACCGAGUGCGUGCUGAGCAAUCUGCGCGGUGGGACGCACUACACCUUCACUGUACGCGCACGUAUGGCUGAACCGAGCUUUGGUGGCUUCUGGAGCGCCUGGUCUGAGCCAGCGUGGCUGCUGACGACUAGUGACUUGGACCCCCUCAUCCUGACGCUCUCUCUCAUCCUCGUGCUCAUACUGCUGCUGCUGGCCGUGCUCGCCCUGCUCUCCCACCGCCGGGCUCUGAAGCAGAAGAUCUGGCCUGGCAUCCCAAGCCCUGAGAAUGAGUUUGAGGGUCUCUUUACCACCCACAAGGGUAACUUCCAGCUGUGGCUGUACCAGAAUGAUGGAUGUCUGUGGUGGAGCCCCUGCACCCCCUUCACAGAGGACCCACCUGCCCCCGUGGAAGUCCUCUCUGAGCGCUGCUGGAGUGUGACACAGACAGUGGAGCCUGGGGCAGAUGAUAAGGGGCCCCUGUUGGAGGCAGUAAGCAGUGAGCAUGCCCAAGACUCCUACUUGGUGCUGGACAAGUGGUUGCUGCCUCGAAGUCCAUCUAACGAGGACCUCCCAGGGCCUGGUGGCAGUUUGGACGUAGCAACCAUGGAUGAAGGCUCAGACACAUCCUCUUGCUCAUUCACCUUGGCCCUGAAGCCUGGACCAGAAGGGGUCUUGGCUGCCAGCUUUGAGUACACCAUAUUGGAUCCUAGCUCUCAGCUCUUGCGUCCACGGGCACUGCCCCUUGAACUGCCCCCCACACCGCCCCACCUAAAGUACCUGUACCUCAUGGUGUCUGACUCUGGCAUUUCAACUGACUACAGUUCUCGUGGCUCCCAGGGAGCCCAGGGGAGCUCGUCCAAUAACCCCUACUCCAACCCUUAUGAGAACAGCCUCGUCUCAGCUCCUGAGCCUUCACCUCCCAACUACGUGGUAUGUUCUUAGGACUCUAGACCUCCGAUUCUUGAUUCUUUAAGAUCCAGAUUGACUUCAAGUGCCAGUCCAGGCCAAAAACUUUCAGGCAGGUCUCCCUCAGGACCAGGGCACUGCUCACUUGACUGUGUGCCCAAUCUAUCCUGCUCCAGAAAU